AUAAGUGGUUGCAGGAUAGGGGCUUCCAACUCCUUGAGAACCUUGGGCAAUGUGUUACAUAUACCUUCAUUAUCCUUUAGAUGUUUACCAGGUUGUUUUCUCCUUGGAUAAAGUGUUCCAGUUGUGUUUGUCUUAUCCUCAUUCCUCCUCUUCCCUGUCCCUGAAGCAGAAGUGGGGAAGGAGGGUUGCAGGGGAGAGAAGUGCUAGCAGCUUUGGCUCGCAGGUCUGCAGGAAAUUUAACAUAGCAGCAAGCUACUGUUUGGACCACCCCUCCGUGUUUUUUUUUCCCUUCUGAUGCAGGAGACUAUUUAAUUGGGGGCUGACAGUCAAACUUCAGCUUCAACGGCUGCAGUCUAUAGUAGCUGUGUAACCAAUAACUCAUUUUUUUCCUUCUCUCUUCAUUCACUCACUGUCCACAAUGAAGAUAUUGCUGAGUCUGAUUGUUCUGCUCUCUGUUUUGCUGUUUGUUAGUUCAGCUCCUCCAACUUGCUACUCAAGGAUUCUGUCUUUGAGCAAAGAAAUCACUGAAUCCUUCAAGUCCUUGAAGAACUCCAAGCCUGUGGACCCAUGUGUAGAGACAUUGCCCAACCUCUACUUGGAUGUACAUAAUUACUGUGUGUUGGCCAAACUCCGUAACUUUGUGGCAUACCCCAGAUGUCAGAGAGUUCCUCAACUGAGUGCUUUGAAGGAAAAAGCUAGGAGCCUGUACACCAUUAUGAUCUCUUACUGCAGAAGGGACUUGGUCUUCCUGACAGAUGACUGUUACGCUUUGGAAAGCCCCAUUCUCACUCCCACUGAUCCAUCCAGUACUUACAGCUAAAACAAACAAACAGUCAGCCCAAA